AUGUUUUUCACCAAAGCACUGGUUGCUACCGGCCUUUUGGCCUCUGCUGCUCUCGCAGCACCCAUGGAGAAGCGCGCCGCUGGAGGCAAGCUCGUCGUCUACUGGGGCGCCGAAGACGACUCGACUACCUUGGCUAAUGUAUGUGCGGACUCGUCAUACGACAUUGUCAACUUGGCCUUCCUCGACAAGUUCUCUGCUGGUGGUGGCUACCCCUCGCUCUCUCUGAGCACUCUCGGUGGCCCGUCCUCCGCCCAGAAGGCUGCCGGUGCCACGAACCUCCAGGAUGGUUCUUCUUUGGUUCCCGCCAUCAAGGCCUGCCAGGCCGCCGGCAAGCUGGUCAUCCUCAGCAUGGGUGGUGCUGUCGACUUCUCUCAAGUCACCCUUUCGGGCGAUUCUCAGGGACAGGCGGUUGCCGAUAUGGUUUGGAACCUGUUCUUGGGUGGUACUGCCACUCCUACUCUCCGUCCUUUCGGAACCGUCAAGCUCGACGGUGUUGAUCUUGACAACGAGACUGGUAACCCUACUGGCUACCUGGCCAUGACUCAACGCUUCCGAUCCAACUUUGCCAAGGACACUAGCAAGAGGUACUACCUUACUGCUGCUCCUCAGUGCCCCUUCCCCGAUGCUUCUGAGCCUCUCAACGUCUGCCAGCUCCUCGACUACGUCUGGGUCCAGUUCUACAACAACGACAACUGCAACGUUGGCCAGUCCGGCUUCAACACUGCUGUCAAGAACUGGAGCAAGAACAUUGGCAACGCUACUCUGUUCAUUGGUGCGCUGGCCAGCGGUGCCGACGGUGACCAGGGCUACAUCUCCCCCAGCUCUCUCAUCUCUGCUUACAACGGUGUCUCUGCUCUUAACCUGCCCAACGUUGGCGGUAUCAUGCUCUGGGAGGCUCAGCUCGCUGUCAAGAACGGCAACUUCCAGAAGACCAUCAAGGCUGCCAUCGGCUCCGGCUCCGGUACUACUCCUCCUCCUCCCUCGUCCACCACUCCCGCUGGAAGCUCCCCUACCUGCUCUUGGGUCGGCCACUGCGCUGGUGCUACCUGCAGCUCUGACGACGACUGCUCCGACUCUCUCACCUGCAACAGCGGCAAGUGUGGAAAUGCUGGCAGCACUGCUCCUCCUCCUACCACUUGCUCUUGGGAGGGCCACUGCCUGGGCGCUACUUGCGGUAGCGACAACGACUGCUCUGACCCUUACUUCUGCUCCAACGGCGUCUGCUCUCAGUAA